CCAUCUCAAAAUCGAUUCACAAAACCAAAAAGUGAGCACAAAUACUUAAAUCUGUUAUGUUUUUAAAGAUCAAAUGUCUGAUUUGCCAUCGCAGAUUCCUGCUAUAGUUAUGAGGUCGUGCAUCUUGUCUUAUUCUUCACAUUUGUACAGUCCAGAAAGAGCUUUUUCUCCUUCUGUGUGAGGAAGAAACUUCAAGUCCUACCUCAGUGAGCUGGAAAUCUCAUCUUCUGUCUCCCAUCCUUCAAUCUCCAGUUGUGAACUAGAAAAUCAUAUCAGCCUGUUGCGAGGUUCUGGAAAAAAAUAACAGCACCAAUGAAUGGCUUGAUCUUUGCUGUCAGCUCCAGAUGACUCCUUCUGUUGUUCAUAAGGAUGUCGUCUGUUACUGAAAAUGGAGGUGUUGCUGCUGGAAAGCCAAAUGAAGAGAAAACAUAUAAAAAGCUCGCAGUAUUCCAGAGGAAGCCUUGUAAAGACACAUCAUGGCACAAAUUCUUCUGUGUAUAUGCUGGAAAUACAGCUCUGACAAAACCUAGGAUGCAGAACUACGUCACAUUGGGAGAUCACGACUGCAUCCUCAGCUAUUAAAGGUGCUAUCCAGCUGGGAAUAGGAUACACAGUAGGAAACCUUACAUCAAAACCAGACAGAGAUGUUCUUAUGCAAGACUUCUAUGUAGUGGAAAGUGUCUUCCUGCCAAGCGAAGGGAGCAAUCUCACCCCUGCUCAUCAUUACCCUGACUUCAGAUUUAAGACGUAUGCACCUCUUGCCUUCCGCUAUUUCAGAGAACUUUUUGGUAUCAAGCCUGGUGAUUACUUGUACUCAAUCUGCAGUGAGCCCUUAAUUGAAUUAUCCAACCCAGGUGCCAGUGGGUCCUUAUUUUUUGUAACUAGUGAUGACGCGUUCAUCAUCAAAACAGUUCAGCACAAAGAGGCUGACUUUCUUCAGAAGCUCUUGCCAGGUUAUUAUAUGAAUCUGAACCAGAAUCCAAGGACUCUUCUACCCAAAUUUUAUGGGCUGUACUGCGUUCAGUCAGGAGGCAUUAAUAUUAGAAUUGUUGUAAUGAACAAUGUUUUGCCACGAGCCUUGAAAAUGCAUUUCACAUAUGACUUGAAAGGUUCAACAUACAAACGGAGAGCAUCAAGAAAAGAGAGGGAGAAGUCCAACCCUACGUUCAAAGACUUGGAUUUCUUGCAAGACAUGCAUGAAGGGUUGUGUUUUGACUCUGAAACGCACAAUGCACUAAUGAAAACACUACAGCGGGAUUGUCGAGUUCUAGAAAGUUUUAAGAUCAUGGAUUACAGUCUGCUACUGGGAAUCCACAUACUGAACAGUAAUAUGAAGGAAAAAGAGGGAGAAUGUUCUCAAAGCACAUCAGAUGCUAAACGUCCUGGAGGGCAGAAGGUUCUCUAUUCCACAGCCAUGGAGUCUAUUCAGGGCCCUGGGAAGUCGGGGGAAUCUGUGACUACAGAGACGACAAACACAAUGGGAGGGAUCCCAGCUAAAAGCCAUAAAGGAGAAAAACUGCUGCUGUUUAUGGGGAUUAUUGAUAUUCUUCAGUCUUAUAGGUUAAUGAAGAAGCUGGAACAUUCUUGGAAAGCUCUUGUUUAUGAUGGGGACACUGUUUCAGUUCACCGACCAAGUUUUUAUGCAGAUAGAUUUUUAAAGUUUAUGAGUACAAGAGUUUUCAAGAAAGUUCAAGGUUUAAAGUCUUCACCUUCAAAGAAAUGGUGCAAUUCCAUCACAGCCCUAAAAGCUGCAUCACAAGAAAUAGUGUGUGUGGUUAGCCAGGAGUGGAAAGAUGAAAAGCAUGGCAUUCUUGCUGAAGGACAAAGCUACGCCAGCCUUGAUGAAGAAGUACUAGGUUCACACCACCGGCCAGAUCUAGUGCCGAGCACUCCAUCUCUGUUUGAAGCAGCUUCCUUGGCAACCACAAUUUCUUCUUCUUCCUUGAAUGUAGAUGAACAUUGUCAACGUGAUCAACGUAUGCUUUAUUCUAGCAGUAAAGGAUUGCCUUUGAGUUCAACAUGCACUUUAGAAGACGGUGCCAUCUAUUUGACUUCAGAACAGAGCACACUGGAAAUGGAAAAUGAUAACACUUCAGUUUUGGAUGUCUACUUAUAACAAAGAAUACAAGAAGACUUAAACUAAGAAAAGUGACAGUGGUUAACGAAGAUCACUCUCUGCACUCCUGAUUUAAGAAGGAGGAAUUUGUUGAGCCUAGUAGACAAAGAGUAAUAAUCAACUGAACUUAUUCUGAGAAGUGCCAGGAUCUUUGAACCACAGAAAGGAUUGAAGGAUGUGGCAAAAAUCACAUGAAACAUUCCACACUGCUGUCGUCUGCUGUUGCUUGGUGAACUGUGAAGAACUGUGUAUUCAGGCUGCUUUAUACUUUAUCGCCAAUCACCUUUUUGGACUUGAAAGUGAUAUUUUCUUAUCAGCUGUCAGGUGGAUUCAUUUGCAUGUGUUCUGUAAUUAUGCAUCAGCAAAAUCUGUUCUCUGCUUUACAUUUAAAAAUAAGCACAGUGGUAAAUAAAAUUGAUUUCAUUUGUUUUGACCCUUCAGUUUUAAUCACUUAGGUCCACAUAAGUGGAAAUUGGAAUUGAUGUAAUACAAGGGUUAGGGUAAACCUCUGUACAUAACUAUAUGAAAAUGAGCCUCUAAAGAUAUUUUCAUUGUUGAUGAAAAGGGGAAAAAACUUAUUUAUAAUAAGGCCUUAUGUUGUGUACAUAUAUUGUCUUUGAAAUAUUUUUUAUUUUAGUUUAUUUCUUGUAAGAGAGAAAUAUAAUUUAUUUACUAAAUAUUACUGUAAACUGUAGUUUUAUUGAUGGAUAAAAUAUUUUCUUCUCAGAACUAUUACAGCUGUCAACCUGUUCUUGAUCUGCACAAGACUUAGUGUUCUGGUAUUUCUCUGCCUUCAUUAGACGGUCUUGAGAGUCAUCUCAAGAGAUAUGACAGUCACUCUAUAACACGGCAUCUGUCUUUAUCUUCUACCAGCUCUGUGAUGAAGAUGAAUUAGAGCAGAAAAGGCAAAGGAACACGUUCAAUAGGCCUUGCUUCAUAAAAGCAUUUUAUUCUUUUCUGUAUGGGUAAUCUUUUUAAGAGAGCUGUAGAAACUGUCUGGUUUCCUUAAUUUCCCUAGCAGCAGAGAGAUAAUCCCAAACACUAGUGACCACUAAUCCAAGAUUUCAUGCUUUGAUGUGGUGGUGUAUUUAAAAACUACACAGCUGUCACUUUGAAAGUUUGUGGAAGUUACUGGUAAUAAAAUUUCUUCUACGAGUAAGUGUAACAAGCCUGCUGGAUUGGCAAAACCAGAAUUAGGCACUUCAAUUCCUAGAAUUAUGCUUUGUGCCUCUGAAGAAUUUUUUAUUUAAAGUUUUGGUGUGCUUUUGGCUUUGUUUUUUUUUUUUUUACUUUGGUGUAAUCCUAUAAUCCUGACAAGAAAAAUGGUAUUUUCCUUUAAUUACGCACCAAAUACAGAAAUGGAAAGGUUGUUUUGUUUUGUUUUGUUUUUCUUUAAGUAUGUGGAGUCUCUGGCUUAACUUAGAGCCUGUGACUCAGAAUUACAUAUCUCCAGGUUUUAAAAUUAGAUUGCUUAAUCUCAGCAAAAGAACUCUUCUACAGCAUUCCUCUUUGAAAUGCAAGAGACAAGUCUGCAUGCCCUGUGAGCAAAACCACUUUGUACACUUGUGUGAAUGUCCUUCACAUAUAUAUCACUUUUUUCCCAGUUACCUAGCAAACUGUACUGUCUGAAUCAUUUGUCCUUAGGAAGAUCCCAGAGGACACAACUUAACUGCAAGAAUUCUGUCCAAAACAGAAUGUCUGUACUAAAUGAUUCAGAGACUAAGCCAUCCUUUGCGUACCAUUGCUUUAACACAGUAAUUUAUAACUGAAAACAGUCAUUUAAUAUUUGGAAAAGGAAAUCCUGUAUUGACUGUGGGGUCUACCGGGAAAACAAUCUCCAAAGCUUGUGCACUUACAGCCUUUUGGGGGGUGUGGGGUUGGGGGUAUUGAAUACAUGGUUCCACUGAGAGAGAAGAGGGAUUACAGCUAAGCAAUGUUAAUGAUCAACAACUUGGAGCCCAUUUCUUUCUCUAAUACAUGAAAUGGUAUAAAGCUUCAAACAUGGAAGACUACAGGAGCUUGUAAGGAUGUGUAUGCUUCAUGCCUAAGUAUUUCAUUUCUCUUCAUCUUGUGCUGGUGUUUUGGAUUGGUAGCACUUUGAUUAAAAUGUAAUGACUAUUAAACAUAUCAAUAAAGCUGAUUAGGCAGUGCAUGUCAAGUAAAAAUGAAAUAUAUACAGAAGAUGUAAUCAACUCCCUGGGGUAUUAAAGCAAUGUAUUGGUCUAUUUCUCCAGGUCUAAACAGAUGGAAUUCACCACAGGGAACAAAAUUUGAAGAAUUAGGUCACAGACGGACUAUCCAUGUGCAGUGGUAUCUGAAUAAUCUAGCCAUGUGAGCUGCCCAGAGGGAAAAGCAUAGCUUGAUGCC